CAACACCUAUGAUUUAAGGUCAACCUACUACAGUGGUCAUAAGCAAGGAUUUUGUCUAUAUGUAGCUCCUUGAUUUCGGUCCUCAGCCAUCCCCGGAGAUGCAGCCCGUUCUUCCUUUUCCUCCGAUACCGCGCCCAGAUCCCUGUUCCAGUCGUACCUGACACGCCGAAAUUACAUUCAUACCUUCUUUCUCUCGUCAUGGAUCUUCCCAGGCUUUGCUCGCUAUGCGGCGUGUGCUGCUGACUGGCGCCAAAGGCUUUGUUGGGUCGCACAUCUUACAGCAACGGCUUGACCAGGGCUAUUCAGGUCGAGCUGUUGUUCGCUCACAGAGCAAGGCAGGUUGUGUUCGUUUGGACCACCCCAAUGCAGGAUCUCGGCUGGACGUUGUCAUCGUUCCAGACAUCACGGCCCCGGAGGCUUUUGACCGAACACUUGACUCCACGCCGCCGGUGAUCGACACCGUCAUUCACACCGCCGCCCCAUAUCUGUACGGUGCGGCGAACACCAGCCGGACUCUCUGGAUCCAGACAUUCAGGGUACUACUCAACUGCCGAGGUCAAACCAUCAUCGUGGUGACUAUCAGUUGCGCGGUAGUGAUAGACUUUAAUCCCAUGGCAGGUGGUAGUGCAAGGACCUUUACCAGUGCAGACUGGAACCCGGUCACCUGGGAAGAAGCGGUAACCACCAAUGAUCACUCGGGGGCCUAUUGUGCAAGCAGGAGGUUUGCCGAGCUCGCAGCCUGGGACUUUGUAAAACCUCAGGAGCCACCGUUUGACCUGGUGGUACUGUGUCCACCCAUGGUCUAUGGGCCGCUCUGGCACACGAUCAAUAGUAUUGAAGAGCUGAACGAGGAUGCGCCUUUGCCUCCCAAUGGGGUCCAUGUAUACGUUGAUGUUGGGGAUCCUGCCCAUGCCCACAUUCUAGCUGCGACAAACAACGCGGUCUCUAAUGAAAGAAUCAUCGUCUCAGGUGAAAAGCUUGGGUCACAAGCCAUCGCUGACAUUCUACGAGGGUUUUUCCCGCCGCUUGUCGAACAAUACCCAGUCGGCCCUCCUGGGGCCUCGUCGCUUUCGCCUAGCGGCUACGAUAUGGAUACCACAGUGGCCACAGAUAUCUUGGGUUUGGGCACUCGGUCUGUUGAAGAAACGCCUGUUGAUCUCGCCAGCCAGCUGUUACGAAUUGGCGGGUUUCGGAACUGA